AUGAGGAGCAGCGAGGCCAUGGAGCUCCUGGGCUUCCCUCCCUACUCCCGCCCAUCCCCUUCCGAGGUGAAGGCUGCGUAUAGAAGAAUGGUGAUGGAGUACCAUCCUGAUCGUGUCCCAACGCAUCUGAAAUCGCAGGCUGAGUCAAAAUUCAAGGAGAUAGCAGAAGCAUAUUCUUGUUUCAAGGAUGGUACGUUGUUAAUCACUCACAUAAUUCAUACUUUGCUUUGGAAAAUCUACUACAAGCAGAAGAUCAGGGAGUAG